AUGCAGGUGGAUCAUUGGAAGUCGUCGGUCACACGCCUGGCCAGCUGGAUACAUAAGACCAUCCAGAAUGCCCCCGCCGGGUGCCCCGUCGUGAUAGGAACUGACUCGAAUUGCGAGUUCGGCAGGCGCGCGACAGGCGGAGGCGCAGUCCAGCAGACGGCAGAUGAUGUACACCUCGGCGCCCACAACAUAGGCGCAGAGAUCUUCACCAGUCAAGAACUAUGGAGACUCAUGUCCAUGGAGGGGCUCGCGGUGGUGGACUCCUUCUGGGCCGCUGGCCCCGCGCACUUCGGACAGGAGAGCGAGCGCACGUCGCAUCCUGAUCACUUUUGGGCCCCGACUGGGGCCAUCUCGUCUACGGUUUCUUGUUGCGCGGUGGGGGGAGCUAUGGGGGACUUGCAAAACAUUCCGCACGCGUUGCCGAAGGACCACUGCCCUCUGUUGUGGAGGCUGCGCUACGAGCUGCACUUCGGUGUACCCGACACUGAGCUGGAGCCGCGCUGGGAUCGCGACUGCAUGGCGAAGUUGCUCAGCGACGAAGGCCCACUGGGGCUGAUCGGAGAGCUUGAGAGGAUUGCCGAGCAGCAGCGAGUGCUGGGCCCACCGCAGAGCACCGACAGCGUCGAGACGAGAUUCUACUCAAGCGUCGCACCCUGGGCCGCAACUGCUUCACUGGUGAAGAUCGCAUGGCCAUUCGCCCGUGUGAUCGAAGAAUACGUCGAGAGAGAUGUCGCCUCGAUCGUGAGGAUGUUGACCGCGUGUUACGAGAAGCUCAGCAUGCCGCUGAUCGUG